AUGCAGGCAGCGCCGAGUGAGGCUGAGGCUGCGGGCGAAUCACUGCAGAGCUGCGUGUCGGCAGCUCACUCUGAUUGGGCAGCAGAGAAGCCCGUCAGUUUAUUGGCCCCGCUGAUCCCGCCCCGCAGCGUAGGACAGCCUUUCACCUUUGGCCCCGGCGGGCGCCAGCCACUCAGAUCGCUCCUUGUUGGCAUGUGCAGCGGCACUGGCCGCCGGCGGAGCAGUCCGAGCCCGACGAUGAGGCCGGGGACGGGAGCCGAGCGCGGAGGCCUCAUGGUGAGUGAAAUGGAGAGCCAUCCUCCCUCGCAGGGUACCGGGGACGGGGAGCGGAGACUGUCCGGCUCCAGCCUCUCCUCCAGCUCCUGGGUCUCUGCCGACGGCUUCCUGCGGAGACGGCCCUCGAUGGGUCACCCUGGCAUGCAUUAUGCCCCAAUGGGAAUGCACCCUAUGGGUCAGAGAGCCAAUAUGCCUCCUGUACCUCAUGGAAUGAUGCCACAGAUGAUGCCCCCUAUGGGGGGGCCACCAAUGGGACAAAUGCCUGGAAUGAUGUCCUCAGUGAUGCCUGGAAUGAUGAUGUCUCAUAUGUCUCAGGCAUCCAUGCAGCCUGCAUUACCGCCAGGAGUAAAUAAUAUGGAUGUUGCAGCAGGGGCAGCAGCCGGUGUCAAAUCAAUGUGGACUGAACAUAAAUCUCCUGAUGGAAGGACUUACUACUAUAAUACUGAAACAAAACAGUCUACUUGGGAGAAACCAGAUGAUCUUAAAACACCUGCAGAGCAACUUUUGUCUAAAUGCCCCUGGAAGGAGUACAAAUCUGAUUCUGGGAAGCCUUACUAUUACAAUUCUCAAACAAAAGAGUCCCGUUGGGCGAAACCAAAAGAACUUGAGGAUCUUGAAGGAUACCAGAAUACCAUUGUUGCUGGAAGUCUUAUUACAAAAUCAAACCUGCAUGCAAUGAUCAAAGCUGAAGAAAGCAGUAAACAAGAAGAGUGCGCCCCAGCAGCAGCAGCCCCGGUCCCUACAGCAGAGAUUCCAACCACCAUGAGCACCAUGGCUGCUGCAGAAGCAGCAGCUGCUGUUGUAGCCGCUGCAGCCGCAGCAGCAGCCGCUGCAGCUGCAGCCAAUGCCAGUGCUUCUACCUCUGCUUCUAAUACUGUUGGGGGAACUGUUCCAGUUGUAGCUGAGCCCGAAGUUACUUCGAUUGUUGCUACUGUUGUAGAUAAUGAAAGUUCAGUUACAAUUUCAACAGAAGAACAAGGGCAGCUCACUAGUACCCCUGCUGUUCAGGAUCAAAGUGAAGUAUCCAGUAAUGCUGGGGAAGAAACAGCUAAACAGGAAACUGUAGCUGAUUUUACUCCUAAAAAAGAGGAGGAGGAAAGUCAGCCAGCAAAGAAGACGUAUACUUGGAAUACAAAAGAAGAGGCAAAGCAAGCAUUUAAAGAAUUACUAAAAGAAAAGCGGGUUCCGUCCAAUGCUUCAUGGGAGCAAGCUAUGAAAAUGAUCAUAAAUGAUCCAAGAUACAGUGCUCUAGCAAAGCUGAGCGAAAAAAAGCAGGCCUUUAAUGCUUAUAAAGUUCAAACAGAGAAAGAAGAGAAAGAAGAAGCACGAUCAAAAUACAAAGAGGCUAAGGAAUCCUUUCAGCGUUUUCUUGAAAAUCAUGAGAAAAUGACUUCUACAACCAGAUACAAAAAAGCAGAACAAAUGUUUGGAGAAAUGGAAGUCUGGAAUGCAAUAUCUGAACGUGACCGUUUGGAAAUCUAUGAAGAUGUUUUAUUUUUUCUUUCAAAAAAAGAAAAGGAGCAAGCAAAGCAGUUGCGAAAAAGAAAUUGGGAAGCCUUAAAAAACAUACUUGACAAUAUGGCUAACGUAACCUAUUCUACAACUUGGUCUGAAGCCCAGCAAUAUCUAAUGGAUAAUCCAACUUUUGCUGAAGAUGAGGAAUUACAAAAUAUGGAUAAAGAAGAUGCAUUAAUUUGCUUCGAAGAGCAUAUUCGGGCUUUAGAAAAGGAAGAAGAAGAAGAAAAACAGAAGAGUUUGCUAAGAGAAAGACGGCGACAGCGUAAAAAUAGGGAAUCUUUUCAGAUAUUUUUAGAUGAAUUGCAUGAACAUGGACAGCUGCAUUCUAUGUCGUCUUGGAUGGAACUCUAUCCAACAAUUAGUUCUGACAUUCGAUUUACUAAUAUGCUUGGUCAGCCGGUUUUUUCAUUAGGAUCAACUGCACUUGACCUUUUCAAGUUUUAUGUUGAGGAUCUUAAAGCACGAUAUCAUGAUGAGAAGAAGAUAAUAAAAGAUAUACUAAAGGAUAAAGGUUUUGUAGUUGAAGUUAAUACUACUUUUGAAGACUUUGUGGCAAUAAUCAGCUCAACUAAGAGAUCAACCACAUUAGAUGCAGGAAAUAUUAAGUUGGCUUUCAACAGUUUACUAGAAAAGGCAGAAGCCCGUGAGCGUGAGAGAGAAAAAGAAGAGGCCCGGAAGAUGAAAAGAAAGGAGUCUGCAUUCAAGAGUAUGUUGAAACAGGCUACCCCUCCAAUUGAAUUGGAUGCUGUCUGGGAAGAUAUUCGGGAGAGAUUUGUGAAAGAGCCAGCAUUUGAGGACAUAACUCUAGAGUCUGAAAGAAAACGAAUAUUUAAAGAUUUUAUGCAUGUCCUUGAGCAUGAGUGUCAGCACCAUCAUUCAAAGAACAAAAAGCAUUCUAAAAAGUCUAAAAAACAUCACAGGAAACGAUCUCGUUCUCGAUCGGGGUCAGAUUCAGAUGAUGAUGAUAGCCAUUCAAAGAAAAAAAGGCAGCGAUCGGAGUCUCGCUCUGCUUCAGAACAUUCUUCUAGUGCUGAGUCUGAGAGAAGUUACAAGAAAUCAAAAAAACACAAGAAAAAAAGCAAGAAGAGGAGACAUAAAUCUGAUUCUCCAGAAUCAGAUGGGGAGCGAGAAAAGGAUAAAAAAGAAAAAGACCGAGAGAGUGAGAAAGACAGAACGAGACAAAGGUCAGAAUCAAAGCACAAAUCGCCUAAGAAAAAGACUGGAAAAGAUUCUGGUAAUUGGGAUACUUCUGGCAGUGAACUAAGCGAAGGAGAGUUGGAAAAGCGCAGAAGGACCCUUUUGGAGCAACUGGAUGAUGAUCAAUAAAUUAUACCAAAUAUGUUUACAGGAUGAUGUAAAGUCUGACUCAGACCAGGGACUCUAUUUUAAGUUCAGUUGAUAUAACACUGGGUUUUAAUUUUAUCACAGGAAAAAAAAAGUGCAUUUAAGUAUUGUUAUUGUGGACUUUAUAAAAGCAAAGGAAAUUGAAAAUAACUUUUGAUUCUGUAUCAAGAAUCAUAUUUUCAUACUGUCUUUCUGUGACCCUUUCACAGGGCACUGCAGGAUGGAUUAAAGGUGGCAAUCUAUUGGUAAUUGCAGAUGUCUCUACUUUGUUCUAAAAUGUAAGUCUUGAGGUGAUUUGAUUUACUUUAAUUGCAGUUGGAUUUUGAAGAUACAAUUACAUUUUUUUUAAAUAUCUCGUAGUACAAAAAAAGCACCAGCAAUUGAUAAAACUGCUUUUUUGUCACUUCCCAACUGGUAAAGCCGUAAUGAUCUCUUAUGGUGAGUUCAGAAAGGUGUUCUUACUGGGAGCCUGGUAGACCCUUAACUAUAGUGGUGCUAACUAGCACUGCUAUCUUCAAGCCACCAUUGUUUUUUAUGAAACACCUGGAAACAUUUUUAAAAGGCUAUUGUGAGGGCAUUAUUUUGAGGUGAUGUUUAAAAAAUUAACAUCAAAUCAAAUUGUAAAUUAGUUUGAAUAUAUUGCCUUAAGGACCUACUAAAGAAUGUGCCACCAAACUUUAAGUGAUAGUUGCAAUAUCCUUGUCUAAACACAAAAAUCAAUGUUACUUAAACAUUUAACAGUUGUCUCUUUUUUUUUUAUCCAAACUUUCUCUUGUUUUUACUUUUUUUUCCCACUGAGGAAGUUUUUUAUCUUCCCUAUUCACUGAGAAGCAUCGACUUCGUGGUACACAUUCUAAAGCAUUUCUGAUUUGAAUAUUUUUGUACAUUUUUAUCAAUUAUUAAACCUUCUCUUCUAGUGUGUACUAGUAUUUAUUUCUACUUAAACUGCUCAGCUCUUAAAAAAAAAACUAAUUUAAACUAAAUCCCUUCAAUUUUGCUUUAUUACCCACAUAGGUUACUGUCUUUUUUUUUCUUUUUUUUUUCAAAAAAAAAUAUUUAAGAAUUUUAUAAAUUGGGACCAGGGAAAUAUCUCCAGGCGCUGGAGUGCGUGCACCAUAGGCCCUGAGUUUGAUCCCCGGAACCUCACCACUACCAUCAUCACCAUCACCGCCCUUAACACUGCCCAGUGUGGCUCUGGUGACCCAGCACGGCUGGGCCAGAGCAGCUUCAAAGGCCAGGCUGAAGAUUGCCAGGAGUUGACCCCCAGUCCCUCCUCACUGCUUGGUCUCCAUCCCACCCCCAGAAAACAAUAUUAUAAGUCAGUCCUUUGAGGCCCCUAUAUUUGCUUUUGAUCUAUGAAUUUCCUACAGAAUAUUUUAGAGGUAAUGGUUUUAAGCUUGAGUACUCUUUACAUGCUAACUUGUAAAGAUUAGUAAUGUAUUUUAUACUUUUUUCCUUCAGUGCAGGAGCUUUUUCUUUUUUAAGUAAAGUUUUAGCACAUAGGUCUUUAGUAUUAGAAUUUCUACUCUUAGGUUGGAUUUAGAAUGAAAAAUGCAGGUUUUGUUUUUCUUUCACCAUCCUUAUUAAUUUGAAAGGUGGGACUGACCAAGGCAUUUCUUUCAAGACAUCCUGCCCUGUAUUUUUCGAUUAUAUCUGGCAUCCACUAUUGAGAGCCUCAGAAGAGGGGCCAGUGUGGGGUGUUGAUAAUUCUAAGCUUCUGCCAAGUCGUUUUCUGCUGUGAAAUACACCAUGACUUUGUCGGAAAUGAGAGUCACUAUCUUUAGAAAGUGUGAAGUUAUCAAGUUGCUUGCUUGAGGUUAGUUCUAUACUGUAUUAGAAACAAAACUUUGGCAAUGGGGAGUUGCCUAAAACUUAAUUUUCAGAGGUCCUGUUAAUGAUAGUUGAUACUGCUAAUCAUGUCAAAACACUUGGCUUGAAAGUCAGUGGUCAUUCUUUAAAAUAUGCAUAUGAUAUUGAUUGGCAGGAAUACUCGUGAUGUUUCACAGGAGAACUUAGAAUCUGUAAAAUUUUGUUUUAAUUCCUUUCAUUAGUUCCAUGAAUGAUUUUUUUCCUUUAAAGUAUAACUUUAAAGUUCUGAUUUUCCUAUUUAAAUAAAAAACUUUUGAUGUG